AUGGAGAAGAGAAAGUGGUUGUGUGAAAUUGAAAAGGUUAAUGGCGAUGAUGAAUACUCUGAGGAAUGUAUCGAGGAAGAAGAAGCGGCUUUGAUUCUUCUUGAUAUGAGCAACACAAAGUCGUUGGACAAGAAAACUGCCAUGGCUUUACGUGAACAGCAAAGAAAGAGGCUUGAGAAUCGAACUAGGCUGAGGCUGAGGCUGAACCCGAACCUGAACCGGAACCCACAUGUAAAAGGUAUAAGCAAGUCAAUCCCAAAGGCACUUCUUCCAAGUAUGCGUGGUCACGAAGAAAUACUAGCCCUCUUUAUGAAAAGCCCUAAAGCCCCGCUUUUCCCACGAAUCACAAGCCUCUUGGGCCUCAUUAAAGAGUGCUGCUCCAUGCCUUAUGAGAAGCAGUUGACUAAAACUGACUUGAGAGACGACCAAGCCAGGCUUUCUAUCAAGAAGGCGUACGUCGAACAGUAUCUUUUGAAUUUGCUGAACGAAGAUGAAAACAUAGAAGAAGGAAUUCCUGUUAUUGUGUAUGAUGAGAAUGGUAAAACAUACCCAAUGAUGUUCAAGCUUUGGUCCUCAAAGAUUUAUGUUCUUACACAUGGGUGGAAGACAUUUUACAUUGACAGUAAACUAUACUACCAUGAUGAUUUUAUCACUUCAGUUACCUUGUGGACUUUCCGCCAUCUUCGAACCGCGAGGCUUUGCUUUGUCAUCUUCACCAAAACAUCACCAGCAGUCGAGCCCGUAACGAGGAGGAGGAUAAAGUAG